AUGGCGGAGACUAUCUCGACUCGAGUCGGCCACGCUUUCGCAAAGCUUUUACGAAUUGAUAUAAGUUCAACUCCUGUUGUGAGAGACGAACCCAGAACAUAUGGCUAUUACGAGCAUGAACCCACCGUGGGCGACUGGUUUCGAGGUCAUACACCCACCACUCCUCAAAUUUGUCGUUACAUCUGGGGUCUCUUCCCUUUCCUCCAUUGGAUCGGGUAUUACAAUGUGCAAUGGCUGAUUGGAGAUCUCGUGGCAGGCAUUACUGUUGGUGCUGUGGUCAUUCCACAGGGUAUGGCAUACGCUGAAUUAGCCAAGUUACCCCCAGAGUACGGUCUGUACUCUUCAUUCAUGGGGGUCUUGAUCUAUUGGUUCUUUGCAACGUCUAAGGACAUCACUAUUGGUCCUGUGGCGGUCAUGUCUACGCUCAUGGGUUCAAUAAUCAUCAGGGUUCAAGCUGUUCACCCCGAAAUCCCUCCACCAGUCCUUGCUUCCGCUCUGGCAAUCAUUUGUGGUGCCAUAGUAUUAUUCCUCGGGUUGCUUCGUCUUGGCUUCAUCGUCGACUUUAUUCCUCUCCCUGCCAUCACUGCUUUCAUGACUGGGUCCGCGAUCAAUGUCUGUGCUGGCCAGGUAAAGACGGUUCUCGGAGAGAAAGCCCAUUUCUCUACGCGUGGGGCGACGUACAAGAUCAUCAUCGAUACGCUGAAGCACCUUCCAUCCGCUCGGAUGGACGCUGCUAUGGGUCUCACAGCUUUGGCAAUGCUCUAUGGCAUACGGUCUGCUUGCAACUAUGGAAUGAGGAAGAAGCCCCACAAGGCUAAACUGUUCUUCUUUUUGUCCACAUUGCGCACUGCCUUCGUCGUUCUUUUUUACACCAUGAUCAGCGCUGCGGUCAAUCUCCAUCGACGCAAUCACCCUGCCUUUAAGCUCCUUGGUAAUGUUCCCCGGGGAUUCAAGGCCGCUGGGGUUCCUAAAAUAGAUGUUCCAAUUAUCAAGGCAUUUGUUGGUGAGCUCCCUGCCGCUGUGAUUGUUCUGUUGAUUGAACACAUUGCUAUCUCGAAAUCGUUCGGUCGUGUCAACAAUUAUACGAUCGACCCAUCCCAGGAGUUUAUUGCGAUCGGCAUAUCAAACCUACUAGGUCCGUUCCUGGGUGCAUACCCAGCUACAGGCUCCUUCUCACGAACUGCCAUCAAAGCAAAGUGCGGCGUACGCACUCCCCUCGCGGGUGUGAUCACUGCCGUUGUCGUACUUCUUGCCAUAUAUGCGCUACCAGCAUUGUUCUUCUUCAUUCCAAAAGCAUCCUUGUCAGCCGUGAUCAUCCACGCAGUGGGCGACCUCAUCACACCUCCACAUGUCACAUAUCAGUUCUGGUGUGUAUCUCCAAUUGACGCACUCAUCUUCUUCAUGUGCGUUAUCGUAAUCAUAUUCUCAACUAUCGAAACCGGAAUUUACUGCACAAUCGGCGUAUCACUGGCAGUACUCCUCUUCCGACUCGCGAAAGCCCGCGGCCAAUUCCUUGGCUAUGUCCAGGUGCAUUCGGUCGUGGGUGACCAUAUUCUCAACGCAUUCCAAGAGGACUCGAAGACUGCAUUCGAAGAUGACACCCACAUUUCCCGAAGAGUCUACCUUCCAACUGAAAAUGAAGAUGGCACAAACCCCCGAAUCAAGAUUCACCAGCCAGCCCCAGGAAUAUUCAUCUACAGAGUCUCCGAGGGUUUCAACUACCCCAAUGCAAACCACUACACAGAUCACCUCGUCGCCCACAUAUUCAAAGAAACCCGUCGUACAAACCCGCAAGCAUGGGAAACACCAGGUGACAGACCCUGGAACGACCCGGGUCCAACCCGCGCCGAACGCAAAAUCCUCAUGGCAGUGGAAGCACCCACUUCCCCACUCCCAACUCUCCGCGCCAUAAUCCUCGAUUUUGCUGCCGUCAAUAAUGUAGAUGUCACAUCCGUGCAGAACCUUAUCGACGUCCGUAACCAACUAGACCGCUGGGCAUAUCCAGACAGCGUGCAAUGGCACUUCGCGCACAUCCAAAACAGAUGGACGAAGCGUGCUCUCGCAGCCGCUGGGUUCGGGUUCCUCGCCGUCUCGGACGGAUCAGGUCCCCGUUGGCAGAGGUCGAUCUUUAACGUUGCGGAGAUAUUGGAUAUCGGUCUACCCAAUUCGGAACCUCAGUCUCAGGUCAUCGGGCUGAAAGAGGACUGGUCAAAUGAUGUGGAGACUGGCCUGAAAGUGCAGGAGGAGAGUGCUUCCUCGUCGAUUAUGGGUGUCUCUGAGGAUGAUAUUCAGGUUGUGCGGGCUGGGGAGAGGGAUGCAAAGAUCGACACUCAUCGUCGCCGCGGUCGAUCUGGUGUCGGCACUGGUAUGGCUGUUGUCGAUGGGAUCAAUCGGCCUUUCUUCCAUGUGGAUUUAACGAGUGCUCUGAAGAGUGCUGUGGCUGGUUGUUAG